AUGACAAAGUCUAAAGCUUGGAAUUUUCACACUUGCGAGAACGCCAUAUACUUGGAAGCGCGUACGGUUACAAAGAGGGCUGAUUCGUUGACUAGGACUCCGUUACAUGCACAUGAACAUGUAAUUGCUGAAAGAAAACGCCGUGAAAAGAUCAGCCGGAGCUUCUCCUCUCUCUCUGCACUCAUUCCUGGCCUGAACAAGAAAGACAAAAGUUCAGUUCUGGGAGACGCAAUCGAGUACUUGAAGAAACUUCAAGAGAGAAUGGCGACGCUUGAGGAACAAGUUGCUAAGAGAAGAGUGGAAUCAGUAAAAUUUGUAAAGAAAACCCAAUUUCAUAUAGAUGAAGAGAACUUUGAUUUCCAAUCUAACAAUUCAUUCCCCGAGAUCGAAGCAAGAGUUUCAGACAAAGAUGUGCUGAUAAGAAUCCUGUGCGAGACAAACAAAGGGUAUGUUUUAAACAUCAUAAACGAAGUCGAAAAGCUUCAUCUGUCGGUGAUUCAUACCAAUGUCUUGCCCUUUGGACAAUCAACUCUUGAUGUAACCAUUGUUGCUCGGAUGGAAGCUGAUUUUUCGAUGACAUUGAAGGAUCUUGUGAAAACCCUACAACAGGGUUUGCUGAAGGUCAUGUGACAGACUAGCGAAACCAUAUCAACA